AGGCCGGACCGCUGCAGGGCCACGCUGGCGCCGGCUCGCACCGGAAGAAAACCCCGGUCCCGCAGGAUCCGCCCGCCGGGGCAUGCUGCUGCGGCCGCUGCGGAGCUGGGCUGCGCGGGCGCUGCGUCGCGCGCGGUCGGGACUUCGGAACCUUGGAAGCUCCGUCCCGGGUCCCGGGCCACGGGGGACGCAGCGCCGGGCGUGGCCUGCGGAUAAAGAUAGAGAAAAUGAAAAAGCGAAAAAAUCAGUGAUCUGUGUUGAGGGCAAUAUUGCAAGUGGAAAGACGACGUGCCUAGAGUUCUUCGCCAGUACAACAGACAUUGAGGUGUUGACGGAGCCUGUGCCCAAGUGGAGAAAUGUCCAUGGCCAUAACCUUCUGGGUCUGAUGUACCGCGAUGCCUGUCGGUGGGGCCUCACGCUGCAGACGUAUGUGCAGCUCACCAUGUUGGACCAACAUACUCGUCCUCAGACGUCGCCUGUACGGUUGAUGGAGAGGUCGAUUCACAGUGCAAGAUAUGUUUUCGUAGAAAACCUGUAUAGAAGCGGGAAGAUGCCGGAAGUGGACUACGUGGUUUUGUCAGAAUGGUUUGACUGGAUCGUGAGGAACAUUGAUGUGUCAGUCGAUUUGAUAGUUUAUCUCCGGACCACUCCUGAGACCUGUUACCAGAGGUUAAAGAUGAGAUGCAGGGAAGAGGAGAAGGUCAUUCCACUGGAAUACCUGGAUGCUGUUCACCACCUCUAUGAGGAAUGGCUCAUCCAAGGAGGACGUUUCCCUGUGGCAGCCCCUGUUAUGGUGAUUGAAGCUGACCACAAUAUGCAGAAAAUGUUAGAACUCUUCGAACAAAACCGGGACCGAAUAUUAACUCCAGAGAAUCGGAAGUGUGGUCCAUAGGAUCAUGCCAUCAAAACACCUGCGGUCACCAAGUUAGCUAUUAGGAGUAAUUUGGGAAAAUCCACUCUUUGGAGUGCUUUCUGUCUGGCCAGAUUGAUUUUCCUGAUGUGUCUUCAUCCAGGGUCUCUGGCCCUUGUGGGUAAAGAUAAACGGGACCAAUGGGUCUGUUGUGCCUUUCAGUGCACACAGCCUUGCAUUCCCCACUCCCCCCCCCCACACACCCCUCCUGGCUGUUUCCCACUGCUGAGUCCCUCUAGCCCUUAGGAAGGACUUCCCGUGUCUGAGCGCCUGCUGUGUGCCCACCGCCAUGCUGGCUCUGUCUACACAUUGUCUGUAAGCCUUCAGACACCCAGGAGGUUGAGUAGUGUUCUGACAUCCCAGGUGAGGAAGCUACAGCUCAGAGAGGUUAAGGAACUCUCCAGGGUAACACAGCAAGUGUGCAACGGAGCUGGCAACAUUCAGACUUUUGGCCGAUGCCAAAAGUUUGCCUCAGGCUGCCUUGUCCUAUGAUCUCUUCACCCACAGCCCUACCUUUCCUUGCUGGGGACCCUCGCAUCUGCAUAGGGAGAGUCAGUAGUGCAUGGAGCCAAUACCAUUUAUUCAUUAUUUGAGCAGUUCUCAAGGGCAAUCAGCAUUUCUAGACUUUCACAAAAUCGUGCUGUGUUUGGCCUGAGCCAGUGCUCCAUGGUUUCUCAGCAUGAGGCCACUGUGGCGUUUACCACCUUAUCAUCUGGACUUCGAUGUCCUUAGAAAAACCAUGCAUUGGCUCCUGAAUGGUGCUUGGUUUGCUUGGUGAUGAAGGUCCUUCUUGAGCUGCUGCCAAUUCCAUGUCAGGCUUCUGGUGCCUGGGCAGCUCACCAGUGCCAGGCUAAGCAAGGGGCAGCCAGCCCUGGCUUCCAGGGCUCCCUUACUCCCUGCUCUCCUUGUGGGAGGAGCUUUGUCCUUGUAAUUACUGAGCGUUUGUAGCUCAGAGGGAGAGACACAUGUGGCCUUAAGUCUUUUUGAAAUGUUUACCAUCCGAGGGGAUACCUCAGGCCAUAGAGUGUGAAACCAUCUUUAUUGGUUCAGAAAAUAUCUUAGCAUCACUCAGCUGUAACAUUGCAUAGAAGGUACAGCUGCGUCUUGAAUCAAGUAAGAAACAAGAGAAAGGAGGAAAUUCCCUUUGGGGACAGUCUGGACAGGAAAGUCAGGGUUUGCAAACAUAGGCUCUUGAAGCAUUGGUGCCCCUGACAUUUUGUAGGUGAAUGGAGAAUGCUGCAAGAAGACUGGCUGCAAACUUGGGGAGGGUCAAUUGUGAACUUUGGAGAAAUAUGCAGAGGCCUCUCAGCAAGCAGGAUCUGGCCGUACAUGAAGUUGGGAAGGCCACUCCCGGCCUCUGUGUGAAUGUGGGCAUCUGUGUUUGCAACCCUCUGACUCUUCAGUUGGUCAUCGAAGCUGCUGCUGGUCCAGUCCCAAAGGAAGCCUGAGCAUGCGGGAGUGCUAAUGGUCAAGGAGUCUGAUUCCUGGCUCUUCCUGUUUGGUGGAUCCCUGGGCUGGGUUGGCAGAAUGAGCAGAGCCAAGUAGGGCCUGUGUCCAUCCAAAUCUGCAGACCAGACAUCAGUGAUUAACCAGGAAAUGGUUUGGGGUGGACAGGGACCCUCGCCCCCAGGAGUCAAGACAUGCUGUCUUGGAGACUUUGUAAAUGAACAGCCCUGUAGUUUCCCCAUGGCUCAUUUGGAGCAUCUGUUUUGAGGGAAAUGUGAUUUUUAUCUUAUUGUAUAGUAGCCAGUAAAUCCUUCACCUAAAACUUGAUGUUAAUUUUGUAGUGCUCCCUGUGCCCCGUGAUUUUAGCGCCCUGCAGCAUCCUUUUGCUGGUAGGAUAAUGCAUUUUUAAUGUUUGAACACCGUGUUUUCCAGCAUGGUAUGUUUGGGUCCAAGAGGAUGUCAUGUGCACCAGCAGUGGCUGGGCUGGUUGCCAAAACCUUCCAGCCCAGAGAUCACAUGUGAAACAGCUGGAACCCAGCUGGCAUCAGGCCACGGCCACGUCCCUCCCACGUGGGGCUGCCUUCCCUGUGCGGCAGGCCGGGCGGGUGGAGGCUGGGGACGCAAUGAUCUGGAGCAGGAGGUAGAAUCUUGCUAUGAGGCAGGGUAAGUGCACAUGGCAUGCGGGAGCCAGGGGGAAAUUCCCCAGGGAUUCCUGGGAGUGGCUGGGAGGUGCAUGGCAAGAUCCCUGAAGAGCCUGAGGAGGGGGCAAGCCAGGGCAAGAAUGUUUCAGGUCUGGCAGUUCGCCACAUUCUUUCUCGAGGCUGAGAUUGUGGUUGUCAGUGCACCCAGAGCCGCCUCAGCUGCUUUGACCGGGCUGUUUUUUUUUUUUUUAAUAUUGAACAGCAUAUACAUUUUCUUUAUUUUCAGUUAGCUUUUGGUGAAAUAAUUCCAAUUUACAUUUAAGUGUUUAUAUUUUACGUGUAAAAUAUAUCCUUAGAACCAUUAAAAAAUAUUUCUUGUA